GACGCUCUUAUCCAGAGCGACGUACAACGAAGAUUACAGCAUUACAGCAAUGUCUUUCACAGUGAUACUCAGUUUUCUGACACUGGUUUUAUGUGUCUCCUGGGUUGUGCCUGACAAUGACUUGAACAGGUGCAGAAAAUCAAUCAAUGUCCCCGUUCUGGGGGUAUUGCCUGGUGGUGGCUGGGACAACCUGCGGAAUUUGGACAUGGGACGGGUCAUGAACAUCAAUUACUCCCUUUGCCAGACCACGGAGGACGGGGCAUAUCUCCUGCCCAAUGACAUAUUCACCAUCCCAGAGAAGUCCACCAUGGUGGAGAUCCACUCCGAGAUCAUCAAGAGCUGGGCGGAGCAUGCCGGCUCCAAGGCAUUAUCCAUAAACUUGGACGUGAAAAACCUUCCUGUGGUUCAGGGCAAAUUCUCUCUGGAGAAUCUGAGGAUGAAGAAGCAACAAGUGAAGAAAGAAUCCUACACCAGCCGGACUGAGGUGAGGAAUUUGCUGUACAGUGUGAAAGCGCGUCCUGGGUUCACCUUGGACCCAACCUUCAGGAGUCAGGUAACUGAAAUCGCAGACGCUCUGGAGAACAAUGAGACACGGUUAGCCAGUUUCCUGUCAGAGACGCUGGUGCUGGACUAUGGUACGCACGUCCUCACCUCAGUCGAUGCUGGUGCAAGUCUGAUGAAAGAAGACUACAUCCACAAAUCCUUUGUGGACAAAAGCGAUGAACGGUCCAUAACUGUGUCUGCCAGCACCUCUUUCUUUAAGAUGGUGGAAUUUGGACUGGAUUUCAAGAGUACCAACAAUCUGAAGAAUGCCUAUGAUGACAACACAACAUAUUCCCUGAUGCUCACCCAGGGAGGGAUACCGUACUACCCUGGAAUCACUUUGAAGAAGUGGCAGGAGAGCAUCAGCAACAACCUUGUGGCCCAGGACCGUUCUGGACUCCCACUUCCAUUCUUCCUAAACAGGCACACACUCCCUGACAUGCCAGACCCCACCCUGCUGAAGCUGGCCGAUGCAGUGUCCCAAGCCAUCCUGCGCUACUAUACAAUCAACACUCACCCUGGGUGCACCAAACCCGGCUCCACAAACUACAACUACCAGGCCAACGUAGACGAUGAGUCCUGCGAGGGCCUGACGGAAAAUCUGAACCUUGGUGGGGUGUUCCAGCAGUGUACCCCCCUCACCCCUGACCGGGAGACCCAGCAGAUGUGUCAGACCUUAAUCCAGAACAACCCUCAGGCAGGAUCUAUGAAGUGCAAUCCGCCUUACAAGCAGACCCGGCUGCGGACAGAGGUAAAGGAGGAGGGACAGACCCAGGUUCAGUGCAAGCGCAAGUGCCGCCGGUGCAAGCUAAUUUUCACCUGCUGCGAAAACGUGUGCGGCAACGUGUACCGUGUGCAACGUGCCAGGGUGGAGACGUUCUGGUGCACCAGCAACAGCACCUCUGUCCUGCGCACCCCGGGGUUCCUCUUCGGGGGGCUCUACGGCCCAGAGUUGGUGAACGCCCUCACCAAAUCUAAGCGAUGUCCCUUGGGGUUCAUCCCCUACACCCUGCUGUCUGACGGGCUGAAAAUCUGCCUGAGCAGCAGCUACGAAGUCGCGGCGCGCUUCUCCGUGCCCUUCGGGGGCCUGUUCAGCUGCGAGGCGGGAAACCCCAUGGCGGGAGGGCUCUCCCGCUGCCCGGCGGGGUUCACGCAGCACUCGGCCGGCGUCAGCGACGGGUGCGAGCUGCUCUUCUGCGUCCGCUCUGGAACCUUCUCCCAGGGGGAGCUGCCACAAAUCCAGCUGCCGCCGUUCACCCGCCGACCGCUGCUGAGACAGAAUGCCAACAAAAGGGUCACGGUCGUGAGCGAGCAAGGUCGCGCCUGGGUGAGGCAGGCGGGCUCGCAGCAGUGGACAAGGGCGUCUGCAGAGGAAGCCCAGCUCAUUGAGGAGGACACCUCCUCUGGGGCGCCCGUGGAAAGGGGCACCCCUGCAUUGCUGCUGGCCAUCCUUCUGUCUGCACUUGUGGCCAUUUUGUAGAAUGCCCUCCACCCCCAAUGAGUAGUACUCCUCUAAUACACCCACCCACCCAGAGCAGGGAUUUCAAAGUUGCUUGGUGUCUGUCUGUAAAUCACUUUUUUAAUUCAACAGUUUAUCUGGGAAGUAAUAUGGGAAAUUAAAUGCAAUAGGAUUAAGGGCCCUAUGCAAAAACCUUUUACUUACACAAGUAAGUUUUUCCAUACCCUUGGCUUGCUCUCGUGGGGGUUUAGACCAGGGUUUUCUGUAAAACGGGUUGUGACAAAUCUUUGUGAAAUUCACUAUAUAAAUGCAUUUUCUUGGGGAUAAUAGUGUUCAGUUAGCCACUAAAAAUAUAUACAUACAAAUACAUUUACCUGUCCUAAAUUUAUAAAUAUAUAAAAUUAAUGUUUUUUUCUAAUUCAUUAUUCUUUUGUGGUGUGGGUGAUUUUGAUUGCUCAGUGUCUUUAAAUAUAGUAAUUGUGAU